GUACUAUUUAUCCUAUCCGGUGUGUUCUACAGGCUGCCAAACGAGGCCUUACAGUUCUCUCUUCUUUCUCGCCCUCUCUCAGCCGGUCCCUCUCGCUCCUCUCGCUCCUCUCUCUCUCUCUCUCGCUCCGUCUCGCUCUUCUCUCUCACUCCGUUAGACGAAGACAAAGACGAAGGAAGACGGCAGCCACCACCCACCCAUCUGCUACUCCUCCGCUCCAACCUCCGCUGGAAUUCCUCACCGUUUCCUCGAUUCCGAAGUUUUCGUUUUGAAAGAUAUUGAGGAUGCAUAAAGCAGAGAAUUCUGGCUGCUACAGUGCACUUUCGAAACCCAAGACUUGUUCAAAACUUUGCUCGGUAUUUUUCUCUAUGGUCAAUGAAGAAGGACCCAUAUCUUGAAUCUGCUCUGUCUAAAAAUCGCAGAUGGAUAGUGAAUAAUCAAAUAAAAAACAUCAUCCUUAGGUGCCCUGAUCAUGUAGCAACAGUGAUCUUCAUUCAGAAGAAGUUCAAGACCCUUGAUCUUCAAGGAAAGGCUCUCAAUUGGCUCAAAAAAUACUCAUGUUGCUUUCAAGUCUAUUUGGAAGGCGAUGAGUAUUACUGCCAGUUAACUAAACAGAGGAUUUCAUUUUAAUAAUUUUGAUAUCCCAUAAAUGUCAGAUUUGCAAAAUUUAAAAUUUAGAAAGAUAAAAUGGAAGAUUUUUGUACUGUGAUCAAGAAAUCACAAACCCAAAGGGAUUCCUUGGUCAUUUUAAUUAGUAAUAAUUAAUAAUAUUGGAUACUUGAUUACUGUAUGCUUUCUUUUGAUGAAGUAUUCAAUGGUCUGAUUGUGUAUUUUGGGUGGCACCUAUAAAGCAUGAAUAUACGGUACGACAUGACACGGUGAUACAUGAAAUCUCUAAAAACUAGAAUACAAUAUGUCAUGGAUAAGGGAUACGCGACCAAACUAAAGUAUAUGUGCUUCAUAGGUUGGCACCAGCCCCCUUCUUGUUAGUGAUAUUAGUUUGAUUAUUAAUGGAAACUGGCACAAAAACUGAAUAUACAAAAAUAAGGGUUGGUUAUUCACUUUUGCUUUUUUGGAUUCAAAACGUUUUUCGUGCUGGGUUAGCGUCUACCCGAAUAUGUGGAUAUACCCAAAACCAUUAAAAUGUACGAUCCUUUCAUUAUUUUUUCGCUUUUCAGACAUGUAUGAUAUUAGUCUUACAAAAUUCAGCUAUUGAGUUUGUUUUAAAAGUAGAUUUCAUAGCAAACCCAUUCAAAAGGCAUCUGUGUUACAAAAUAAAUAACUGUUUGUUUAGUAAAUGACUAUGGUUCGUUGUUGUAGGAUGGUUGUUUACUUGUCCAUUUCAUAUGUAUCGUUCAUUAACAAUAUUUGCUCAGGCAUUGUUGUAGUUUGCAAGAAUGUGUUUGUUAUUUUUUUUGGUCGGAACAAGAAUGUGUUGGUUAAGGUUAUCUGUCGUCGUGUAAACUUUAAACAAUUAUGUUUAUUUCUAUAUCUUUUUGUUUACUCUAUAAGGGUAGACGAUGAACUUGUUGAUCAAAAGAAGUAUCUUGAGGAGUCUUGCCAGCCUAAAUGUGUGAAGCCUCUGAUUGAAUAUCAGGUAAUUUACUGGUGUUAUUAAAAAAAUCUGUGUGUUGCAACUUCUAGUACCAGGAAUUGGCCUUCGUAUGAACUUAAAGUUGGAUCUGAUUAUUUAUUAAAAUUACUCGCUUACUUUUAAUUUCCUUAUUUUGCUUCCCAAGAUAGUCAUAUCUACUUGUUUGUAUUAUGUUGUGCUUGUACCAUUGGCUUUUACCUGUACAGGCUUGUUUCUCUUUACCGAUGGGGAUUACAAACUAGAAAGGCUUCAAAUAUAUGUUCGCAUGUGGUCCGACAAGUUAGAAAUGCGUAAGUGUUCUAAGUUUUUCCAUUUGUGCAAGCAAUUUGGAGAUGAUAUAUAAAUAUCGAAUUUAAAGUUAGUAAUUGUAAGUUUUUAUAUGUAUAUCAGGCUAACAUUAUAAAGAGUAGUUGUGCAAAGGUUCUAGCAUGAAAGAAGAUUAUCAGAUGAUCAAGAUUCGAAUUGUCGUAAAUAAGUGAUUUAAGCAAGCUUUUUUAACAUGUUUUAAUUGGGGUUUAUUGUGAGAUGAUGUGUGAAUUGCAAAAAAGAGUGAGGCAAGCUAGAUAUAUCGUAUGCAAUCGAGAUUGAAAUUUAUCUUCAAUGAAAGGAUAUUUCUUUCAGAAAAAAAAAAUAAAAGAUAGAGAAUUCACUUUACAAUGUACGUACACUGAGUAUCUUCAUAAGCUGCUAUCUUUUCUCAUCCACUAAUGAGUAAGUCUGUCUGGGAAGGGACUGCAAAACUGUUUCAUUUUCCAAUAAUGCAUAUGAAAUUAGUUCGAGUGAAAAAAGGGAAAAAGUAUAGAACAUAUACAUACUGAAGGAUUUUUGUUAUUUCUAUCAACUCUUACUAGACCAUGAAGCCCAGUCAAAAUCUAUAUCACUUGAACCUGUUGACAUUUGGAAAUACUGUGGAAAUUGAAUCUUACAAUUUUGGAACUUAUUGCGCUAUAUGUAGCUCUGUGAACAUUGCAAACUUCUUGCCACAGUUAUGCAGUGAAGGCGUGGAUUUAUAAUCAGCAGAAUGACUGCCAGCAUUGGAAAAUCUCUAGCAAAUUUAACUAUCAUGCAUCAGUUAUUGCUCAACCUUAGAAAUUAUGUGGAUAAAAAUGUCUUCCUAACGCUUUGAUGUCUACCCGUUAUUCACCCUUUUCCCUCCUUCCAUGAGUAAGUGCUUUUGACUCUGUGAGUCGUCAAUAAUUUUGAGUUACAAGAUUAAGUUGUUGAACUUUUUCUUCCAUUUGUGUUUCCUUCUUCAAAAAUUAAAAAGGAAAUGGAAUGCCAUGAUAAUCGGAGGUCUUCGUUUUGAUAUACUUCAGCGGGCAUGUGUUAAGAGGGUUGAAGGUGAUGACACUGGAAACAAUCAUUGCACAGGGCAGUACUUUUUUUCAUUUUGAAGGUAUUGAGGAUACAUAAAGAAGAGAAAUAUGGCUGCUACAGUGCACUUUCGAAACCCAAGACCUGUUCAAAACUUUGCUCGGUAUUUUUCUCUAUGGUCAAUGAAGAAGGACCCAUAUCUUGAAUCUGCUCUGUCUAAAAAUCGCAGAUGGAUAGUGAAUAAUCAAAUAAAAAACAUCAUCCUUAGGUGCCCUGAUCACGUAGCAACAGUGGCCUUCAUUCAGAAGAAGUUCAAGACCCUUGAUCUUCAAGGAAAGGCUCUCAAUUGGCUCAAAAAAUACCCAUGUUGCUUUCAAGUCUAUCUGCAAGGCGAUGAGUAUUACUGCCAGCUAACUAAACGGAUGAUUUCUUUGGUAGAAGAAGAAGAAUCUGUCAAAGAUAUGCAGGAACAUGUGUUUGUGGAGAGAUUAGCAAAGUUGCUUAUGAUGAGCUCCAAUCAAAGACUAAAUGUUGUCAAGCUUAAUGUACUGAAGCGGAACUUUGGUUUCCCAGAUGACUAUUUAAUUAGACUUGUGCCAAAAUAUUCUGAUGUGUUUCGGAUUGUUAAUUAUAGUGGGCGGCGGAGUUCCAUGGAGAUUGAGCUAGUGUCUUGGAAUCCAGAUUUGGCAGUUUCUGCUAUAGAAGCUUCAGCUCACAAGCAAGGAACCGAACCAUGUUUCACAAGCUCAUUGCCUUCAACUUGGAUCAAGUCAUGGGAAAGAUUUCAUGAAUUUAAUGCGACUCGUUAUAUUUCACCCUACUUGGACUCCAAAGGCUUUGCGGAGGGAUCAAAGGAGAUGGAGAAGAGGACGGUGGCUUUGGUGCAUGAGUUGUUGUCGUUGACUCUAUGGAAGAAAGCAUCAAUUAUGAAGCUGGCAAAUUUUCGGAGAGAGUUCAUUUUGCCGGAGAAAUUGAAUGUUUUGUUGCUUAAGCACCCUGGCAUAUUCUAUGUCUCAAAUAAGUACCAGAACUAUACUGUCCUUCUUAGAGAAGCUUAUAAUGGGCAAGAACUGGUUGAUAAAGAUCCACUUGUUGUUGUGAAGGAGAAGUUUGGGGAACUUAUGCAGGAGGGGCUUCAUGAAUAUAACUGCAGACGUCAUUUGGUAAAUCUAGAGAAGAAGAAAAAGAGAGGCAUGGUUUUGCGUAGAUCAAAUGAAGACAAGGACGUGAGCUCUGAGAAGUCUGACCUCGAGGAUCAGGGUGACAGAGGAGGGUUGUUUGAUCCAGAAGAACGAAAGCGAUUCUAUAAAGUUCUCUUUGAUGACGGUGCCCCGUGACAAUAUCAUUCAGCAAGGAAGGAACGAAACUUAUCCAACUGCUUUGCAAAGAGGAGGAAUCAAUAUCACCAGAAGAUGAUGUAGAAAACAAGCAAGCCCACUACGGCCGGACUCCCAGUCCCCACUGCCUCAAGUCAGCAAUGGCCAUCACCGUCUGUUCAUCUGGUUGAUAUUGUAUAUAGCCACUAUUUUACAAUCCUUCCCACAAUGGAGACGGCAAUUAGAUGCAAUAUCGAAUGGCCAUGGCGGUGCUUUCUUUGUUCCCUGCAUUGUGGGUUUUGCAAUUCCGGGUUGGUCGUAUAGAUGUUGUAAUAUAACAAGUGUUGCUUUAUUGUGCUGGCAUUGUGAACUGCAGACGUUCUGGCUGGGAAAGGAGAGCUAGAAUCGGUGAAAUAACAAAAACUCGUGGAGGAUUGGAACUAGGAAUUUAGGAGUAAGCUCAAGCUGGCCGAGAAAAAAACUCGAGCAGAUGUUGGAGAAAAUUUUUCAAUAUUCAAACGGGUACUCAAGGUGUCAUAAAAUAAAAUGAGUGGAGCGAUGUGAAAAAAUAUAUUAUUUUCUUCAUUUGUAUUAUGACACCUGUCAUAAACUACUAGCAUCAAUUGAAGACCGGUACUUGAAUUUU